ACACAUAGCCACACAGAGAGGAGCUCGUAAAAAUAUAUCGGACAUGUUGGCAUUGCUGGCCCUCUGAUGGUAGCUUUCUCCAAUUUUUUCUUGCACUAUCCGUCCCUUUUUCCGUUUCUGCGCUGGACGUAGCGAAUGAGUUGCGUCUUUUUUACGUUCAAUUUCAUUGCAAAUUCGCUCGUGAAGAAGGAAGAGAGCCAUGAGCGGUCCCUUAUCCAGGGGACGAUGAUACAAUAGUCUCUCAACGACCUCGGAGACCUUAUCGUUGCCCGUUGCUGACCAUGGAUUCGCGCAACGAGGUCUCGGUGACCAAUAAUGCCGCCCUCGCUUCCUUCACCGUCGUGAAGGAAGAAGUUUCGGAGCAAGCGAUACCAACGGCUACUAACGCGAAGCAACAGGCACAGCUGCCAGCGGGAUACGCGAUGAGCACCGACAGCAAUACCGAGGAGGACGAGGAGGCCGAAUGCACAACGGAGCAGGGCCAAGAAUCAGAGAUCAAGAGCAGUUUGUCAAAGUGCGCACUCUGCUGCAAAGCCUUCGUCAUCGAGGACAAUCCGAAACUCCUCGAGUGUCUUCACGCGGCCUGCUCCACUUGUAUCAACAGCAAACUCAACGAACAACACAGUACCUCGGUCGAUGCUGAGAUUCUGCCUGAAACCAAUGUUAUUGUAUGCCAACUUUGCAAUGUUAUCAGCCAGUCGGAGAAUUUAAUUGAAAAUCGUUUUUUUUCUAAAUUUUGGGAAGAUGAUAUGAAUGCUUCUUGUGAUGAUGAAUCUAAGGAUGUUGAAGAAGAAAAGAAAUGUACAAAUUGUACUGAAAAUGCAAUUGCAACAAGUUGGUGCGUGGAAUGCGAAGAGCUAAUCUGUCAAAAUUGUGUUAUGGCACAUCAGAGGUUGAAAAUAACCAAGGAUCACACGAUAAAGCCUAAAGAGGAGAUUACUAACGAUACAGAAAAUGUCAAAAAAGGAGAAAAGAAGUUGCCAGUUUAUUUGUUUUGUACGCUUCAUCCACACGAACAAUUGUCUUUAUUUUGUCAAACUUGUGAUCGAUUAACAUGCAGAGACUGUCAACUUACAGAGCAUAGAGAACAUAAAUAUAAAUUUAUACAUGAAAUAGCUGCAGAAACUCGUACCUCUGUGAAAACAUUAUUGAAUGAAGUUAGUUAUAAGAGGGAACUAUUGAAAAGUGCGAUGAAAGUUAUCGAGGAUCGUCAAGUAUUAAUAUCUGAGAAAAAGAAAAGCCUUGUACAAGAAAUAACGCAAAUGGUUGUGCAAUUGACAAACGCAAUAAGUUCCAGAGGAAAGCAAUUAGUAAUGCGCUUAAGUGAAGUUUGUGAUCAAAAACAAAAUACUCUAAACGAGAAAAAAGUAGCCUUAGAUCAACUAUCUAAAUUGACCGAUCAUUGCAUAGACUUUGUUAAUUAUGCGCUUGACAAAGGCACUGAUAUGGAAUUACUUUAUAGUAAAAAGUCAGUUACAAAUCAUUUGCAACGAAUAAAAAGCAGAAGAGCGGAUAUUCCAAAUCCCGAAAUACCUGUUAGAAUACAUUUAUCUAUGGAAAAAGUGCAAGAUUUAAUUAAAGUUAUAACGUCAAUUGGGGCAAUAGUUGUCGACGGUAGAGUCUAUCCUUCGGUUACUCCUCCUACGGAACCAAGUGCACCUACGACACCCUUAAGCGAGCCAAUGGAACAAAAGCAGUUAAAUACAUGUGCAAUGAAUAUAGGCAUGGAAAAUUCAUCUGCGACACAAGCUCCGAGCAAUAUCCCACAUAAUGCAUACAUCAAUCAGCCUAUGAACAUUCCCAUUACAUCUCAUCAACAAUUAACAAUGCAAACUCAACAACACAUAGCGAGUCAACAACAAAUGCAGGCUCAAACUCAAAAUUAUAUGCAACAUUAUAAUGCACAUAAUUUGCAACAGCGUUCGUCACCUCAGAAUCAGAGGAUAGCUACAUUUAAUGUUAAUUACAACGGACAUAUGCAGCAACAGCAACAAAUGAUGAUGGCUCAGCGUCCAGGACUUGGAAAUUGUCACCAACAGGUAACUUCGUCGACGCAUCCGCAUCAGCAGCAGUUACACGUACCUGUCCCCGAUCCCCAUCUAAAUCAAAACGCCAGUCUUCGCGGCUUACUCGCCCAUAAUCCACCUGCAUAUAGACCCUCUGCCAAUGCAGUGCAGUAUAGAUUUCCCCCCAGAUAUCGAUACCCCAUAAACAACCCCCAGAGACCUAUAGGUCCGCUUCAGAACUACCAAGGCAGUACUUCGCUGCUCACUGGAAUGCAAAUUCGUCAGCCGAGUCAGUCUACUCAGCAAAUGCUCAACGUUUAUCAGCAGCAACAGCAACAGCAACAGCAGCAGCAACAACAACAGCAACAGCAACAACAACAACAGCAGCAGCAACAUCAGCAUCAGCAUCAGCAGCAGCAACAACAAGUGCAAGCUAUGCAAUCCGCCCGUUGGCAUAUUCCGCAAAAUGUGAACACUUCCGUACCACCGUCUUACACAUCUAGAAGCCCAAUGCAACAUCAAUCCACGUCCAAUGUACCUGUCAACGACACAUAUAAGAUCACAUUAAAGAAUCAGUCCGCCGUGACUAUAGCGUCCCAUACGAAAAGUAACAACAAUACAGCGAGUCCGCCAGUGAGCAGUGAUGCCCCGUCGUCGAUUUCUCAAAAUUCCACGUCUGUCAGUCACACGGUUAGCUCGUCAAUGCCGAAAACACCGAGUCCCGCACCCCAUGAAAAGACGGACGAAACGCAAAAGAGCCUUGACAAAUUUUGUCAAAAAUCAUUAAAUGAUUUGAUGCUCACGAUCGCCAAAUUGGAUAGUAAUGGCAUUAUGGUUAUUCCGGAGACUCAAAAAAAUCAACUGGACUCAGCUCAAGUUGAUAGUUCAACGGAUGAAGGGAUCCAUGCUAUGACCGACAAUUCUUCCGCAACAUCCAUGACAAAAGAUGAUCCGAACGAAGACUGGUGUGCAGUAUGUAUGGAUGGAGGUGACGCUGUGCUUUGUUGUGAUAAGUGUCCAAAGGUCUUCCAUUUAUAUUGUCAUAUACCGAAUUUAAAAUCAUUUCCACAUGAAAGUGAAACAUGGCAGUGCAUGCUUUGCACUAAUGUACUUGAUUGUUCGGAGGACCCUCCCGGGGAAAAGAGGUCAAACCAAUUAAGCGCCCGUGAUUUAAGAAUAGCUCAGCGAAUAGUUUUAGAAUUAUAUUGCCAAUACGAACAAAGUUUACCUUUCAGAGAAGUUGUAUCACCAGAGAUUGUUGAAUAUCAUCGAAUUAUAAAAAAGCCCAUUGCUUUAGAUAUUAUAAAAGACAAGCUUAAACUCGAAAAUGAAAGUCAUUAUGUAGACUUAAAACAAGUGAUGGCUGAUAUCAGACUAAUGUUUAAAAAUGCGUUCAUUUAUAAUCCCGUGGACUCGCAGGUAUAUCAGGAAGCAAGAAGUUUAGAAGAUUUUUUCGAAAAGUUAUUAUUGAAAUGGGCCCCAAGUUACGCGUACGAUGAUCCGUUCCUCGUCGCAGAAGGCGAAGAAGAUGAAGAUGUGUUUCCACCGAAUAGGAAAUACAGACGUGUUGUUAACGAUUAGCACUUGAUAAAGUGCAGUUAAAUAAUUUUGUAAUAUAGAAUUGUUAAAAUAAUUUUUCAUAUUGACUUUGGGUAAACGCAAUUGUUAACAAUUACGUAUACAAUGUAUACGUAUAGAAAUGAUAAAAUUCUUUAUUUUCGAUGAAUAAAAACCGUUAUAUCGCUUUUACCGACUAUUGAUUCGCGUAAUUAUAACAAAUGCGUUUGCUGAAUAACGACCAUUUACAUUGAAUAAAAUUAUGAUAACGAAUGAUACAUAUUUCACAAGAAUCUUGCAUGCUUUAUUAAGAUUUGUAAGAACGAUUACAGAAUUUAAAAAUGCGUCAGAACCAAUUUACAAUUACGACAUACGAUGAUUCUUAAACUUCUAGAAUUCAUAAUCCUCCACACUUUUAAAAGUCGUACAUUUUAUUUUUAACCUACACAAGCUGGCCUUGAAUUUUUAUUAAAACAUGCGGUGUUUAUG